CUCGUCUGAGAGCUUCCGUGAAUCUGCUCCAGCUCCGUCUCUGAAACCGGCGUGUAAUGGAUCCGCGAUCGGUCAAAAGUGAAAGCAUCGGGAUCUGAGCCGCUCGUUUGUUUCUCGCAGCAAUUUGGUGAUGCUAAACAGGUGUUUCCAGAGGCCCUGAUCGAAGACUGGAUGUGGUUGUAGCUAUGCUUACGUCAGGGUGGGGGGUGUGGGCCUUCUCCUCCUGUGGCCUCGUACUGGUCAUGUUUUGGUCACUUUGUCUGUCCCAGCAGCCUCACACCAAAGCCACAGACUGUAGCAGAAAAGAGCACCCAGUCAUCUCCUACCAAACGUUACGGCCGUGGAUGUCAGAGUUUUCCCAUCCAGGAGUAAAGGAUUUCUCUCAGCUGGCCCUGGAUCUGAGCAGACACCAGCUCAUUGUGGGAGCAAGAAACUUCAUCUUCAAACUGAGCUUGGGAAAUGUCUCCUUGAUACAGGCCACAGAAUGGGCACCUGAUGAAGAAACAAAGCGAUCAUGUCAGAGCAAAGGAAAAUCUGAGGAGGAUUGUCUAAACUACAUCCGGGUUUUGUUCAUCAAUGGGGGGACACUCUUCACGUGUGGGACCAAUGCUUUUACCCCAGUCUGUAUGACCAGGCAGAUUGCUAACAUCAGUCAGGUGUUGGACACGGUGAAUGGCGUUGCUCGAUGUCCCUAUGACCCGCGUCACAACUCCACCGCCAUGGUGACAGAGAAGGGCGAGUUGUACGCCGCCACAGUCAUUGACUUCUCCGGCCGUGACCCUGUCAUCUACAGGAGCUUGGGAAACAUGCCGCCACUGCGCAGCGCCCAGUACAACUCGAAAUGGCUCAACGAGCCUAAUUUUGUAUCCGUUUAUGAGAUCGGUCGCUUUGCCUACUUCUUCCUGAGAGAAACAGCGGUAGAAAACGACUGUGGGAAGAUGGUUUUCUCCCGCAUCGCCCGCGUCUGUAAGAACGAUAUGGGUGGUCGAUUCCUUUUGGAGGACACAUGGACUACAUUUAUGAAGGCCCGACUCAACUGCUCCCGCUCAGGAGAAAUCCCGUUUUACUAUCAUGAACUGCAGAGUACAUUUUACCUACCAGAGCAGGACCUGAUCUACGGCAUCUUCACCACUAACGUGAACAGCUUAUCCGCCUCAGCUGUCUGUGCCUUCAAUCUGAGCGCCAUCACUCAUGCAUUCAACGGUCCCUUCCGUUACCAGGAGAACCCCCGCACUGCCUGGCUCUCCACCCCAAACCCUACACCCAAUUUUCAGUGUGGCACCCUGGAGGAGGGAGGCCCCGGAGGGAAUCUGACGGAGCGCAACCUCCAGGAUGCUCAGCGACUCUUCCUGAUGAACGAUGUGGUCCAGCCAGUUACUGUCAACCCUCUGCUCACUCAGGACAACCUGCGUUUCUCCAAGCUAGUGGUGGACAUUGUGCAGAGCCGAGAAACUCUCUACCAUGUCAUGUACAUUGGCACGGAAUACGGCACCAUCUUGAAAACACUCUCUACAACCAAUAAAAGUCUUCAGGGCUGCUACCUGGAGGAGCUCAGGAUCCUCCCUGAAGGACAAGUCAAGCCAAUCAGGAGCCUGAAAAUCCUCCACACUGACAGGUCCUUGUUUGUGGGACUUGAUGACAGACUGGUGAAGAUCCCUUUAGCGCGAUGUUCCAACUAUCCAAACAAAAGUGACUGCAUGGAGGCUCGGGAUCCGUACUGUGGCUGGGAUCACAAACAGAAGCGCUGCACCACCAUUGAGGAGUGCUCCAACAUGAAUCAGUGGACACAAAACAUCACUGAGUGUCCAGUGAGGAACCUAAUGCAGGAUGGUGGGUUUGGUCUUUGGGCGCCAUGGCAGCCCUGUAACCACGAUGACGGUGAGGGCUCCGUCAGCAGCUGUGUGUGUCGGUCCCGCGCAUGUGAUGGACCUGUGGCCCGCUGUGGUGGAGUGGAAUGCAAGGGACCAACCAUCCAGGUGGCAAAUUGUUCCAGGAAUGGCGGCUGGACUCCCUGGUCCUCAUGGGGCCAGUGUAGCAGCAGCUGCAGUAUAGGAUUUGAAGUGAGACAGCGAUCCUGCAACAACCCCUCGCCUCGCCAUGGUGGUCGAGUCUGCGUUGGCCAGGGUCGAGAGGAGAGGCUGUGCAAUGAGAAAAAACCAUGUCCACUACCAGUGCUGUGGACAAUGUGGAACCCCUGGUCUCACUGCAGUGCUGAAUGUGGAGGUGGUGUCCACUCCAGGACCAGAACCUGUGAGAAUGGAAACAGUUGUCCAGGAUGUGCCACGGAAUAUAAGGUCUGUAACCUGGAUGCUUGCCCUGAGGUACGCCGCAACACCCCAUGGACCCCCUGGAUGCCAGUCAGCAUCAGUCAAAACGGGUCCCGGCAAGAACAGAGGUUCAGAUACACCUGCCGGGCGCUGCUACCUGAUCCCCAGCAGUUUCAGCUGGGCAGGAAGAAGGUAGAGACCCGCUUCUGUCCUAGUGAUGGAUCUGGAUCCUGUCAGACUGACUCACUGGUUGAGGACUUGGUAAAGACCAGUGGCCAAACGCUGUCUCAGCCUCAAGAUGCUCACUGGGGAUCAUGGGAACUGUGGUCCAGCUGUUCACAGCAGUGUUACAGAGGCUUCCGUACCCGGAAACGUAGCUGCUCCACGGCCGAGGGCAGGACCAACCCAAGCUCAUGCGUGGGGUCCCCAGUGGAGUAUCAGGACUGCAACACUCAGCCCUGUCCAGUGAGUGGAGCAUGGUCUUGCUGGUCCUCCUGGUCCCAAUGCUCAUCCAGCUGUGGAGGUGGACACUAUCAGCGGACUCGGACAUGCAGCAGCCCACCUCCUGCUAAUGGAGGAGACAUCUGUAUCGGCCUGCACACUGAAGAGGCUCUCUGCAACACACAUGCUUGUGAAGGUUUGGCGGAAUGGACAGAGUGGGGGGAUUGUGAUGAGGACGGUCUGCAGCGUCGCACUUGUCGCUGCGGCAAGGACCUAGCGGCUGAGUCCACUUCCUGUCAGGGAAAUGUCACCCAGUCCAGGCCAUGCCAGCCACAUGAAGUCCCAGUGAUUUUGCCAGGACAGGACGACCACAGCUGUGGAACCUUUACUUUGUUCCAGUUGGUCGCUGUGGGCUCAGCUGGUUUCUUUACGGCAGCGUUACUCUCCGCACUGACCUUCACCUACUGCCAACACCUGAAUCGGCCUUCAGCAGAGUUGGCGGUGAUCCACCCCAGCACGCCCAACCACCUCACCUUCAACAAGCAGGGCAACACCACGCCAAAGAACGAGAAGUACAUCCCCAUGGAGUUUAAGACGCUUAACAAGAACAACCUCCAUGUGAAUGAGGAGACAUGCAACCACUUCCCCUCCCCACUGGCCUCCACCAAUGUGUUCAGCACCACCUACUAUCCUCCAAAUCUGGGCAAGUACGACUUCCAUCCAGAGUCUCCCUGCAGGACCUACAUGCACAGCUGAGGGAAGACUGGAGCCAACAGCAGCCUGGAGGGUUUCAAGAGAUUAUCCUGCUAUUAGACACAAUCCUAAAGGACAGUAUAUGAAAGGAAAAAAAAUAAAGGUGCAGUGAGUAAAAUGUAGUAACAUUUAUUGGUGAAGAAGCAUGUUGCUGCUGAAUAUCCCUCACCUCACUCUUCCCUUCCAAAUGUGUUGGAGAACCUAUGUAGCAUUCCGUUAGCAUCAAAACUCAAAAGAUGUUUAGUUUGUCCAUGUGGGCUACUGUAAAGACAUGGCGGUCCAAAAUGGCUGCCUCUGUAGAGCAGGGGUCGUUCUGGGGUAAUGCAAAACAAUUCAUACAUUCAGGUGCAAACUAAAAUAAUUUAAAGGAAUAUUCUCACAAUGUGGCACAUUCACAUGCUUGCGAUAAAUAACUUAGCUUAGCAUGAAAGGUACCUUGGUCCAACCAGAGCUCAAAAGAACGCCUGUAAACUCAAAUAAAUCUAAUUAGCUAAUUUGAUCCCGGGUGUUCAGUCUUUGUGGUUGUGUGCAGGGCUGGUGUAGCUACUAGGGAAGCACAAUAUUAUCGCCCUGUACAAUUAUUAUUUGUUUUAUGUUGAUUUAUUUUGCACAAUGAAAAAAAAUCGAGAACAUAAGGAAAAAAAUUGUUUUUUUGUCAGUCUAGAAGACUCAAUUAUUAUCCAAUCCAAUCACUAAAUGGAGAACAAAUAAAUGAAUACAUUUAAAACAGGGUAACUCAAAUGUGGCUUUGGAAGCUGUGCUACUUUCACAAGUCCAGGCAAAUUAAAGUAGACACCAAGCACCAUGACAUCCAAUCUGCAGCAGGACCUCAGGUAUUGUAUUCUUAUGAUGUCAUCAUGUUGUUUCAAAGAAAUUGAACUGUAUGUAUUUUAAAAAUACUUGACAUUGCAGUAUGUUGAUACAAAAUAUGAAGGCAUUUUCAUCUUCUCAAUAAAAUACAAAUUACAAAAUAAUAUUAUGUAUUUGAAAUACUUUUAACCUAAACCCAAAUACCUAUUUAUCAAGAAGUACUGCCCAUCCCUGUGUACCAGUUAUUGGUACACAGCAAAGCAAAUCUAUUGUCAAAAAGACCAAUAUCGUGCAUCCAUAGUAGCUACAGCAUUUAGCCUCACUAAAACCGCAAAUCUUCCUUAUUACACAUCUGUGUGUUCUUGGAUUCUAUAAAUGAGAUGCAGGUUUUAAAUGAUGGCAGACGGAAAGCUAGCAAACCAUAUCCUGACCGCCGCUCUAGACUUGACUCUAAUCAUUACCAACAAGCAAGUGGACACAUUACCCAAAUGUUGAACUGAAGUGGAACUAAACCCCUAAACCUUCCUUACUGCUCCCACUUCUCUUGCAUUUUUCAAAAUCAGGCAUUGGGCAUUAUUGGGAGUUAUUACACUUAGUUACACUCUGACACCUUUUCUACCAACUUGCCUCACAUCUCUGAGGAACAACCGUAUAUUUCAACUGGACGUCCCUCUCACUUCCAACUCACAAGUGAGUUCAGGACAGUGUUAAAGCAGGCACAGACCUCAGGGUCCAGCGCUUCAACUGAACUACAGACUCUGUAUGUCAGCUGCAUUUCCACUGGACUGUCAAGAGACUCAUCUGCUGCUCAUGUAUGUUGAUAAGGAUGUCCUUCUGUAUUCAGAGGAUACAGCCCAGUGUUACCAGAAAUCUGGGAAACUGUGAGUAGACAAAUGAUCCACACACAUCAUCCUUCACUGUGUGUGUGUGUAUGUGUGACUGGAGAGAAGAAACAAACAGACUUCUUUGCUUUUUAAAGCAAAUAGCUUUGCUUUUGCUAUUCACGUUAAGCAGUGUCCACAUUGGAAAACACUGAAGAGGACAUUUAUGGACAUACCUCACUAACUGUACAUCACUGAAGUCUUUUUCUGACUUUUCUGUCAAAAGAUGAGACAAAUUAUUUUCUUCACAUAUGUCACUUUGUAUUUGUGUCAACAUAUAUUUUGUACCUCCUUUGGGACAUUUUAUUUUUUGUUUUUUUUACUCCUGUAUCAUAGAUGUAAAUGUAGAGGUCUCAAACUCGCGGACUGUGGACCACUUGCGGCCCCGAAUCAAUUUCAUGCAGCCUCGAAAUAUCAAGUUAUAAUGAUUGUUUUCCUCUCUGUUGUUUUAUUUACAGACUCAUUUUGCAUCACACAUACGUUUAUUUAUUCUUCCAUAUCAUAUUAUUUUGAAAUUCUAUGAAAUAUCAUCAUGAAAAUCAUUAUCAUGAUAUAAGAUUGUGAAAUCCUUUUAAGAUAAUUUUGCCCACCCUGACACUCACUGAACAGUUUUUUUCCCCUAAAAAUGUAGACGCUGAGUGGCCCCCAGGUCCUUCGAGUUUGAGACCCGACCAAAUACAAUGCAGCUGUACCUGAACACACCAUAGAUGAGCUUUUCAGCAACAAAUGUAUCUGACAAAAAUAACACAACAAUAUAAAAUAGAUUUUCAAGAAGGUAAAAUAAACCUUGUUUUGGGGGAAAUUGUUCUUAUAGUUUUGCCCAAAAUGAAAAAUAAUCUUGGCAAGAAAAAACAUCUAACAGUAUCUUAAGAUAUUAUAGCUUACUUCAAGCGUUAAUUGUCAGUAACAAGUGUAAACAAUGGUUUGCUUGAAAUGGUAUAAAUGCUUAAAGGGGAUUUCUGGGGUUUCUUGACCUGGGCCUUAUAUAUGUUUAUAAAUGUGGGUGUGUACGUUAAUAGUACUGACAAAAAGUUUCACGAUGGGUCCAGUAGAUGGCCUCGGGCGGCAGCCGCGACAAGCAGCAAUGGCUUUAUAAACAUAGGGUACAGGUUGAUAAAUACCGAAUUUCCCCUCUAAAGGCAACUUAAUCAAGUAAAGGAAGACUCAUUUUAAGUAAAUAUUUCAAACAUGAUUUCUUUACUUAACAAGAAAAAUAAAAUCAACUUAAGAAUGUUUGGCUUAUUUGGUUUGGCUGUUUUGCAGUGAUACCUAAAUUGUCUUAUUUCUAAUAUUUGCAAUAUAAAACUGUGAUUACACUGCAAAAACAGGUAAUUUAAAUAUUCUUAAAUUGGCUAGAAUUCUUAAAACUAGCUUACAAAUCUAGUCACUUUCAGAGUGCUAUGUGCCUUAAAACAGACCAAAAACUAGACAAGAUUUAAGAUCUUAAACAAACUACAGUUGGGUAGUAUACCAUGUUUUAAAAUUAUAACAUCUUUCAAACACAGUUUAGAAUUACAAAAUACAGUUACCAUACUUUAGAGAGGAGAGCAGACUCUUCUUACUUCUUACUUAAAAUUAUACAAAAAAAUAUUGUUCCUUGAUUGGGAUUUCAUAGCUUGUUACUGGUAGUUAGAAGGUAACUACUAGCCUAGCAGUAAGCUGUAAUAUCUUAUUAAGACCAAUUUAUAUAUAUUUUUUCUCAAAAUGUGAUUAUUCUCAUGCAAAAUUUGCUUGCCAAGAUCAUUUUUCUUAUUAGGCAAAACAUAAUUUCCCAGAAAUGUGGCUUUUUUACUUUGUUGAAAAUCUUUUUUUGCAGUGUAAUAAUCAGGUUUAAAAAUACUAUGUCUUGUUUUUUCAUCGUGUACUGUAAAGAGUGGAAAACAGUGGUUGCCUGGAAGAAAAACACAAUGUCGAAAACAUUCUUUUAAAAAAAUAGCUUACAUUCUGGUUUGAUACAGAAUGCUAGUAAGCAAAUAUGGAAAGAACAUGUUCUAAAAUGUAAACUUGAUGUUCUCAUAAGACUGGGUGGAUUUUGUCCUGCUUUCCCCCCUUGGGUCAAAAACACAGGUACCUAUGGCUUGGUACAGAUUGGAAGGGUCUCAUUUUACAAACACUGGAUUAUGUGUCACAUGGUACCUAAAAGAAAGUAUAAUUUGUCAAAGAUUGCUUUGAAAAUACACAAUUCAUACAUUUAGCAUUUCAGCCUGACUUUCUAAACUUAAGGAUGAAUUGGAAUGGUUAAAAUUAAUAACUGAAAUUAUGCAUAUGUAAAAUGAGAUGUCCUGUUGCUGAAAAAGCAAGAUUGUAUUAGAAUUUUAAAAAUAAAAUUCAUCACAAUAGUAGCUCAUUUUAAAAGGAAUCGACACAUAUUUGCUUUAAAUAAUGUUUAAAUAUACACCAUGUGGGUUUAUUGCUACACUAUCUGACGGUUCUUUUCAUAUUAAGUUAAUCUGUUAUCUGUUAUAUGUAUAUUACACACACAGUAUAUGUUGUGUUUCUUAAAUGUAAAUACCAUAAAAUGAAAUGAACUGAGGUGUUUUUCACCUUGUGUAGUUUAUGUUGCAUGAAAUGAAAAAAAUUAUCUUGGCAAGUAAGUUUUUCACUACAAAAAAAAUCUAACUCUGUCGUCAUAAGAUAUUUCAGUUUUUUUUUUUAAACUUUAAAUACAAGUAAAAUUAAUAAAGUGAAUUAACACAAAUUGGUGUGUGUGCAAAUACAAGACAUUCUGAGCUAAAAAUUCUUAAACUCAGCUUAAUCAAACCUAGUCAUGCCUAAAUUUUGGGCAGUUUUAUCUCAUUUUGGCCUGUUAUUCACGGUGGCCGACCGGCAAACGCACUGCAAUGACCCAAAAGGCAUGCAGGAGGAGACAUGAGCUGCAUACUCACAAAGGCUGCAGAUUCAAAAACACUAACGAAAGCAAAAACAAAUGCAACCUUAGAAACACGCUGCAAAAAAAAAUGAUCUGCAGAAAGAAACAAAACACAUGCAUCAACAUAAACACGCUGCAAAAACAAAACGAUGCAAAACCGCAAAAACACGCAGGAGAGAAAACACCAGCAUGUUCAAUAACGGGAGUGCUUGGGUCAGUGGGAGCGUUCGCUGUCGUGCAGCUCUUCGACCAGCCGUUAUCAUACUCUGGGACUACGUAAUUCUUACUUUAUUAAAAGACCUUUAUUAAGAGGUUAUCUGACUGCAAUCAAGCUAUCUGACACUCGUUUAUAAUCAAACUAUCUGAUGCUGAAUUUUAAUGUCUGAAUUACAAUUACAGGGAUUUUCGGUUAAAAACCUGCAGUCAAGCUGAUUUUAAGGACAUCGAUGUCCGGUUUUCAAAAUAAAAAACUCAGAUCACCGUAUCUGUGUACACGUUUGAAAGCACAUCUCGUCACUGCUAUGUUUCAGAGACCUAUUAAUUGAAUAUAAGCAUCUGUACAAAGUACUGUAUACAUUGAUAGCUGAUAGACUACUGUAAAUCAGAUGUACUGUACAAUGUUUCUACUCCCAGAGCGAACUACUGCCAAAUUGAAACACUGAUCAUAAAAACUAUAAUAAAAUAAGAAUUAAAUUGUCCCCGAGUAUCAUAAGUAGUAUAAGUAGUAUAAGGUUUAAAUAAUAAUAAAUAUUUUCGCAGCUGGAUACAAAUUGUUUUUUUGUUUUUUCUUUUCUUUUAAAGAUAUAAAAUCAAGUUAACAGUGAACUACAUUAAAAUUAAAUAAUACAGCGUAUUAAUAUAAUACACAGGCUAUAUUGGCAAAAAGGGAGGGCUAUGGAUAGUCACCUCCUCUUGUGGGUGGGACAGUUUUAAGGAGGUAAAUAGAAACUGCUAUAGCAUGACACAAAUCUGUACAAUUCUUGACAUCCCGUCUUGUUGUUUAACAAGCCAGCUUUUUUCUUUGCACUCUAUUUUGCGUCAUCUGAAAAAAAGCGCACUCACAAUAUUUUCAUACGCAGGUAAGAACUUUUUUAUUAUCUAUUUAUUGCAUUAUUGAUAAUAUAACCAAAUCAUCAUCUUUACAUACAUUGGGCUUUAUUGUAUUAAUAAAUGGACAAACCAUGGCAUUGUUACAAACAAGAUUAGUUCCAUACAUUUUAAUUACCCAAGCAUAAGGUGAUCCUUUUUGUAUGUGACAUAAAAAAAUAUACAAUGCUGACCACAUGUUGUUGCGAGUGUAUUUUUGACCUGUUUUCUAGAAUAUGAUACAUCCACACAGUUUUUUAUUAAAAAGCUGUAACUGUCAAAAAAAUACCCAUGGUCAUGUUUUGUAAUAUAAAUAGCCAGCCAGUGUCCACCAGACAUGUAAUGCUAUAGUAUUCAUACUCCUUCUUUAGUAGUAAUCAAGAAGUACUGUACCUGUCUUUUGUUUGAUAUUUCAUUUACUGAAUCAAAAACAGCAUAACAUUAAAGAGUAACCGUACAGGGCAGUGAGGUUCUAAAACACGCUUCCAGUUGCACAUUACAAGUUUUAAUCAAAGAUACAUGUUCUGAGCCCCCCUCAUCAGGUUCUACGUUAAAACAGAAUAAGUUGUAGCCUGCACCAGAAUCUUGAUGCGUUACGGCCAACGACCUACUUUAAAAUGGCGUCCAGUGGUUUGUAUUAGCUGAUGAUAUUCUCUUGCAUAUUGUCCUCUCGGAAAAUAUGGUUGAAAAGGCUUGGCUGGGAAAGGUUGACUGUCGGCAUACACACUUAUGAACUCUGUAUCAUAGUGUCCAAAAUUAAAGGGGUUAUGCCCAUAAUUUCCUGUAUACCCUUCAAGCUGUCGGGUAACUUUUUAAAAUAAAACUUUCUGCCUAAAAGUCCAUCAUUAUCCAUCUUUGCACCGCAGACUGUCCUGUAACCAUGAUGCUUGGUUUGCCUGCACACAUGACCACAUCGCCACCAGAAGUAAACAAACAGCGUUAACUAUGUUAAUUUUUAAAUGAACGCAAACAGAAUAGAAUAGACGUACACAUAAAGUCCAACAAAGUGUCUCUCUGAUUUAGACGUGUCCCGUGUAUUGAUAAGGCAUAUUCCACGUCUUUUUUUACAGGGUGCCGCAUCUUCUUCUGAUCUGAUUUACCUGCCAGAACAGGUGCUCCAUAAGGAGAAUCUUUUUCUGGUUUACAUUUGUCGACUAAACACUGCUUUUUAAAACAUUUUUAAAUGUACACUGAAAAAAAUCCAAAAAACAAAACAAGUUGGAUAAAAUUGUUUUUAUUCAUGCCAGAGAUUUAACUGAUUUCAAUAAUAGA